AUGUCGACUCCUAGCUCCCCCAGAACUGGAUCCCCCGAGACAUCAGCUCCUCGUACCAUCUCUCCUGUAGCUCAGGCUCUUGCAGCUGCGGCUGAACGAAGACACCAGGAGCACCCUGCAGCGGGUCCGACAGCAGCUCAGUUGGCGGAGGAGCACGAGAAGCGGCAAGCAUUCCGGCGACUCAUAAACCCUGGAAUAUUCGAACGCAACUCGAGAGAAGUGUACACGGCUGCAAUCAAAAUACUAUCUACACUUGCAGAGAACUUGUUGCGUGAACCAGACAAUCCACAAUAUCAGCAGUUCAAGCCCACGAAUUCGAUAAUCAAGCAACGACUUGUCGACCCGAAGGGUACACUGGAGUAUGCCAUCGCAAUGGGCUUCCGGGCAGAAGUCAAGAACUUUCAGCCGUAUUACGUCUUCAACCCACGAAAGCUGCAUGAUCUACAGAUUGGCGCUGCCAUCCUGAAGGAGGCGCUAGAUCGUCAAUCCGAGAAAGACGAGCGUGCAAGCCGUGCUAAGCAGGAAGAGAAAGAGGCGACUGAAGCAGCGGUACUCAAGGUGAAAUUGGCGUAUAUGGACGACCGCAAAACGAAGAUUAUGGCCGACGAGAGGGAUAGGCAGCUUCGCGAAGCCCAUGCUGCUGCUGUCGCUGCCGCCAAAGCACAAGCUGCUAGUACGGAUGGUUCUGAUGGCCCUGUGUCAGCGAUGCGGGCGGCAUCCUCAACACCGUCUGAUGAUGAUGACCUGCAACCACCGCCAUAUGACAGCCAUCGAUGA